CGAGGACAUUUCAACCAAUAGCAUUUCUGACUGAAGCGACCGUCGGAGUGAACGCAAGGAGCUAAGCUAGUCAUGAGCUAAUUGUCCGAUACAGACUUUGGUAACAAUUUCACAUUUAAAACCCUGCAUUCAGCCACUAAAGGAUCAACUAAAAGGUCUACAUCAUGGGUGAACCACAGCAGGUCAGCGCGCUGCCUCCUCCACCUAUGCAGUACAUCAAGGAGUAUACCGAUGAAAACAUCCGCAAGGGUCUGGCACCUAAGCCGCCGCCACCCAUCAGAGACAAUUAUAUGAUGUUUGGUAACCAAUUCCAGUGUGACGACCUCAUCAUCCGGCCUCUGGAGAGCCAAGGCAUCGAGAGGCUCCACCCUAUGCAGUUUGACCACAAGCGGGAGCUCAAGAAACUCAACAUGUCCAUUCUCGUGAACUUUCUGGACCUGCUGGACAUCCUCAUCAAGAGCCCUGGCAGUAUCAAGCGUGAGGAGAAGCUGGAAGAUAUAAAGCUCCUGUUUGUUCACAUGCACCACCUGAUAAAUGAGUACAGGCCGCACCAAGCCAGGGAGACACUGAGGGUGAUGAUGGAGGUGCAGAAGAGGCAAAGGCUAGAGACGGCAGAGAGGUUCCAGAAACAUCUAGAGAGGGUGGUGGAGAUGAUCCAGGGGUGCCUCGCCUCCCUGCCCGAUGACUUACCACAGAUGGAAGGUCCGGAUGGUGUUUGUGAAGGGACAAAGAGCGCAUCUGCAGCAGCUAGUGUGGGUUGCUCCUCUGGACAGGCGCCCAGACUGAAAGCUGAACCUAUGGAUGUAGAGGAAGCAGGUGCCAGCUGCAUGGCAGCAGGUCACCAGGACAAGAGCAUCCCUACUUCGAGGAGAGACAAAGUAUGGGACAAAGAUGCUGCCAUGUGCAGUAUUAUUGAUGAAAUAGCAUAGGUUUUAUGCAGAUUGUUGUUGUUUUUUUUUUUGUCUUUGUUUUUGUAUGCUGUACUUAGUGUAAAUAUGAAAGUUUUGUGUUUUCGCCGGGCAUUUAAACGUUACCACAUGGAUCGCAUCAGUUUUUGUAAAGACACUCGCACAACUGAAAUAUUACACAGAUCUAUCAGCGUGUCAGCUUUUCAGUUUUUGUAACAAAACCAAUAAAAAGAGUUUGAUGCUGUCACAACAACCCAGGUGUAUUUAAAUCAUCAAAUGAAAUAGAAAUCCGUGUAGACAGUGUCAUUCUUUUAUGUCUGAACAGCAUUAAAAAUAAACUUCACUGUGA